AUGACACCGGCGUCCCCCAGUUUUUUCCCUGUAAUUUUGGCACCUUUUUUUUUUUUACACCCUUCCUCUCCUUCUCGUCAUUUUCGUCCCUUGCCUUUCCUUCCCCGUCUCUCUUGUCGUCCGUCGCCUCGCUUCGUGCCCGUGUCGUGGCGCUACCUCAUUCACGUUCCGUAUCCAUACACAGUACACCCGUCUGUCUAUCUCGAUCCAUCAAUUUCCCAUCCCUUUCCCUAUUUUUUUUCCUUUUUACUCUUCUGUUUUCCCUUGCACAUUCACACGAUUUUUGUUCCCUUUCCAACCCCGACACGCGUUAGAGGAAGCACCACCAAGCACAAGCAUCGGCACCUGCACACACAGCACCAGCAGCCACUUUCUCGUCCAUCUCCAACUUUACCCGAGGGACAGAAAAAUCCCAACCAACCCAAACCUCAACCCAAAUUUUAA